GGGAAUUUCAACACGGCUAGGUCAUUUGCAGUAACGAGCAGUCUGCUGGUUAGUAAGAUGGCUUCCGAUUCUAUUCAGAGGAAAAAAGUUAGGUGCUUACAAAACGAAUAUGAUAAACUUCUCCAGUCCGCCAAUUUUUCUGAAAUUAAAAAAUUGUUGGAAGAAGGUGAAAAGCUACGGUAUCAAGCAAGCCAUCUGGAAAAGGUAGUAAAGUAUAAUGCUUACUGUUUUAGUAUCUGAAACAAUUGGACAACCGUGUGCGGUAUAAUUCUAUAAGUAUCCAAGCUACCGUAGCUGCUUUGUUUGAUUACGCUAUAAAAACAGUGUUCAUAAAUACUAAACACUGUGUACAACUCAAUGUUCCCACUAAGCGCAGUUUUGGGGAUUAUCAGUGCAACUCUGCUCUUAGCAUUCGAAAAGUAUGUACUGAAUAAUGUCACUAUUGCUCAGGAGUCGAACAGUGAUCAAAAUCCAUUUGAUAUUGCAAAAUCUAUCGUUGCCGCUUUACCUGUCAAUGACUUAAUUGAGAGAGUAGACGUUGUUCUUCCUGGCUUCAUAAACAUUUGGAUUAAACAACAAUUCAUUUCUGCUGAAGUCAGAAAGAUUUUACUUCAUGGGGUUACACCCCCAUUCAUACCUCAUAAAUACUCUGUGAUUGUCGACAUGUCCUCUCCAAACAUCGCCAAAGAAAUGCAUGUGGGACAUCUAAGAUCAACUAUUAUUGGAGAAAGUAUUUCCCGUUUGCUUUCAUUUUUGGGUCACAAAGUACUGAAACUCAAUCAUCUUGGAGAUUGGGGAACACAGUUUGGGAUGUUAAUAACCCACUUAAAAGAAAUAUAUCCUGAUCAUAAAACUGCACCUCCGAUAUCAGACCUUCAAGCUUUUUAUAAAACUUCCAAAACUAGAUUUGAUGAAGAAAAAGAUUUUAAUCAAAGAGCACAUGUGGCCGUUGUUAAACUUCAACAAAAUGAUCCUGAGUAUGUACAUGCUUGGAAACAAAUUUGUGACAUAUCACGAAAAGAAUUCGACGAUGUAUACCGUCGACUGGGUAUUGAGAAUCUUAUUGAGCGUGGAGAAUCGUUUUAUCAAAGUCGAAUGGAAGAGUUUGUUAAUGAUCUAAAAAGUCAGAAUGUUCUGCAGGAAGAUGAGGGUAGAUUAAUUUUGUGGCCACCCAAAUGCGAAGUUCCUCUCACAGUUGUAAAAUCAGAUGGUGGUUUUACCUAUGAUACAUCUGACUUAACUGCUUUACUUCAGCGUUUGCAUGAAGAAAAGGCGGAUUGGGUCUUGUAUGUUGUGGACAUGGGUCAGUCUGUUCACCUUAACACGGUAUUUGCGGGUGCAGAAAUGCUUGGCUAUUAUAAUCCUAAUGUACACAGAGUUCAACACAUUGGAUUCGGUGUGGUGCUCGGUGAAGAUAAGAAAAAAUUUAAAACUCGUUCCGGUGACACAGUUCGUCUUGUUGAUUUAUUGGAUGAAGGUCUUGAACGAGCAAAGAACCGAUUGCUUGAGAAAGAAAGGAAUAAAGAGCUAACUGAAGCUGAAUUUGAACGAGCUCAAAAGGCUGUAGCAUAUGGUUGUAUUAAGUAUGCUGAUUUAUCACAUAGUCGAACAAUUGACUAUGUAUUCUCAUUCGAUAGGAUGUUGGAUGAUAAAGGAAACACUGCAGUUUACUUGUUAUACGCAUAUACACGGAUCAGAUCAAUUAUAAGAAAUGCAGGUUAUUCUGAAAGAACAAUCAAUGAAAUUAGUGAAACAGUACCACUGAAAUUUGAACAUCCUAUGGAGUUGACAUUAGCCAAAGCAUUAUGUCGUCUACCAGAUAUUCUACUAAAAAUUCAAAAUGACUUUCUAUUGCAUAGCCUAUGCGAUUAUUUGUACGAUUUGAGUUGUGACUUUACAAACUUUUACGAUGCAUGUUAUUGUAUUGAACGGAAUCAAGAGACCGGUGAUGUUCAAAUUAAUAAAGAACGUAUUGUAUUAUGUGAAGCUACUGCUCGAGUAAUGAAAUGUGGAUUUGAUAUACUUGGAAUUGAAACAGUUGAAAAAAUGUAAAUGUUUUUGUGUUCAGUUGAACAAUAAACAACAUUUGUACAAAAGGAGUA